CGGAAGUUUAAAGUUGGCUGUAAACAAGUUAAGAUAACUAAUUGAUCAUUUUUAGUCUUAAAUAUUCAUUGCGUUGGAAAUGGCUUAAAGAUGACGAGUACUUUACUGCAAGUGAAGGUGAAACGUUUGAGGUGCCUGAGCGCAGACUUCAACAAGCUUCUGAUGAAAAAUACAUUUAUCAAAGAGAAGACGCAAAAAUGGAAGUGUCUGGGCGCAGACCCUCUAGGACAGAAGAUAUACGCUUGUUGCUUGUCGGUAAAACUGGGCAUGGAAAGAGUGCAACUGCCAACUCCAUUCUAGGACUGCAAAAUGGACAAGAUGGAAGCUUCGUAGAGGAAAUGAGUUCCAUGUCAGUAACGGAAGUUGUUACACGAACGAAAGGGUUACGUUUUGGAAGAGAAAUUGAAGUUGUAGAUAGUCCCGGCUUUUGUGACACAAAACUUACAGAAAAUAAAAUCAGAGAAGGAGUCCUUAAAGCCAUAAGUUUAACAUUGCCUGGAUUCUCAGCAGUUGGUUUUGUGUUGAAGCCAGAACGUUUUUCUGAUGAACUAGUUAAGGCCGUUGAACUUUUUAUCAAAUUCUUUGGACCCAAUGUCAAGAAUUUUCUCUUUAUCAUUCUUACACACACGCAGGAAGAAGAAACUGCAGAAAAGUACUUAACUGAUUGUCAUGAAUCACUCGAAAAAUUGAAAAGUCUUUGCACAGGAGGGAAAAUUGUUAUUAUUGACAAUGACUGUAAAGAAAAGGGUAAGAAAGAUCAACAGGUACAAAGCAUUAUAGAUGCGAUAGAUAGCAUCAAACGGAGGAAUGGAGAUACUUUCUUUUCAAACGAAUCUAUUGAGGAAGCAACAAGAUAUGCAUUGAAUUACAUCCCGAUACAGGCCGUAGAGAAAACUGAUGCAACAUCCGAUGACGAACUUGUAACAAAACGGCUGGAAAAGUUCAAAGAAAAGAUCGAAAAUGAUACAGACGGAGUCUUUACCGAUUUCCUAAAUUACAUUCGUGUUAAUAAAACAUCGCUGCUCGGAACUGGACUUGCCGUGUCUAUUGGCUUAAUGAAAGUUACUCAAUGCAGCCUUAUGUAACCUUCUCAAACAUUCGCAAGGACAAAGUUUCAACCCAAUAUAUUACAUUUGUGACCUGUAGAACUUGGAUAAAAUUUAUGCUAGGCCGGCUUCUUUAUGUGAAAUAAAUUUGUGUGUGGGUCAGUCAAAUAUUUGCUAUGUCAAACUUACCAUAGUUUAUCGACAUCUUAGGCCUUAGAACCCGAUGCGGUUAAGCAGGAAAAACUGGAUUUAUGACACUUAAAAAAGAACAGAACAUUUCAAAAGUUUAUAAGUAGUUAAUAUAAACAAGGACGACGAUUGUCUUCAUUUUGUUAUGUUAUCAUGUAAUUUAACAUUUCAAGUCAAUGGUUUUUAUUUUCGAAUUGCUUUGAGUUGAAAUUUUUUAAUUGGGAUUUUCAAUAAUUAUUUUCCCUAUGAUAUCAGUACUGUUAUUUAUUACUAUAUUUUUUUGGAUCACAUUACAUCGGAUAUAAUAUUCCUAUUCGGACGUAAACAAUGACAUUUUCACAGGAACGCUGAGCGUUUUACCCGUUUUUUCAAAAAUACCUUUUAUAAGUUCACUGACCAUUUCGAUAAGUGUGAAUAAUUGAGAAUUAAACUAUGUUUAAAACAUAUAUUGACCAAAUUUGUAAACAAACUUUACGUUUUAAUUAACGUUUUAUGUAAAAGAAGGAAACGAGGGCAUGAAAAUAUGUAAUUUCUUUAAAAAGUAACGAGGGCCAAACCUCAUACAGCACAUUUCUACUGUGAAGUGCACGAGGAUAAUAUCUACAAUGAUUGUAAAACAAUAAGGGUUAUAUAGUAAUAUUCAUUUAAAAAAAUAUAUAUAUAUUUGUAAAUGAUAAAAGUUCCCCUAAGAAUCAUUCCAAGUGAAAAAUAGUUUGAGUAUCAGACCAAUGGUUUCUGAAGAGUAUAUUUUCAACAUUUUCCAAAUAUACAUAUAGUGAAAAGUAGCCCCCCCCCUCCUGGCAACCAUGUUUUGUCAGAAUCAGCUUGGAAAAAAGAUAUUUAUUGGAGGUUCACCAUAGGAAUAAUUAUGUGAUAUGACAUUGAAAUCGGGCUAAUAGUCUCCAUAAUAGCAUAUAUUGAAAUAAACCCCUACCCUCCACCCCACAUAACGGCCCUAUAGUUUUCAUUUUAUUACUGACGUUUCUCUUGCAGGAUAAAAUAACCAGAACAUUUCUAUUAUGCACAUUCCAUUACAACGUUUUAUUCUGGGUUGCCAUAACAUAAUCUGUCAUAAUACGUGACUUAUUAAAACAAUAACAGGACGGAAACCAGAGUGUGGUUCUUCCAAUGAAAACGAGAUGUAACCAAUGUAUAUGUCGUUAAAGUAACUGUUCGGCAAUAUUUCAAGUAGCCUUUAACAGCAUUUCAAAUAGGAGAAUCUACUUUAUAUAUAAUUUCCCGGAUGACAGUUACUAUUUUAAUGAAGACAGUCAUAUAAACUGCAUAUAUCACCAAGUUUGUUUUUUAACACAAGAACAUGUGUAUUGAGGCAAGCAUGGUAUAUUUUUACAGCAUAUAACAAAUAAUCUAAUAAACACUUUCAUUUGGUAUCAUAAUGUAUCAAUCAGUCAUUUCCCCACGGUAAAGGGGAUAGGGUCGCAUAGACGUUACGUUAACGCAUUCGUGUCUGUAAAUAAAAUAAUGCUCAUGUAGAAAAUAAAAAUCGUCUGAAUCCAUUCCGUAUCCCAAUAUGCAUUUGUAACAAACCACAUAGUAAGCGAUCUUUAAGAAAUAUCGCCAGGAGCGGACAUUGUAUUGACAAGAUACCAAAACAAAAGUUCGAUUUAACAAAGGUAUGCAAAAAGCUAAUCAAACUAGUACAGAAACACCUUGCUGUUUAUGAUGCUGUUGGUGAGGGGACAUAUUGUCCUUUCAAUGUCAAAUAAGUAUAGAUUGUGAGUUUGCGCAAACAAACUUAUGGAAAAGCUUGUGUGGAUAUGUGGACGUCCGUUUAUGGAUGUGCAUUUACCGUUAGGUAAUUUAACGUGACACCCUUAACAGUUUUUUUUAUUCAUCAAAUUUAGAACAAGAAAACAUAGCACGCCUAUUGAAAUAGGCAAAUGGCGUAGAAUACCACUAAACGAACGACUAUGUACUCACUAAAAUAACAAACUAGGAGACGAAUUUCAUUAUUUGUUUGAAUGUCAAUACUUAGACGAUGAAAGAAAACAGUUUCUAAAACACUACUUUUAUAGACACCCCAAUACAUUUAAAUUAGAAAAACUAAUGAAUACAAGCAAUAAGCAAACACAGAUAAUCUUUAUAAAUUUGUUAAUAUUAUUUUUUCAAAAAUUAAGUAACUAUAUGCAAUAUAGUGAAUUGAUAGUUAUAUAUAGUGAAGUGCUUGUAAAUUUCCAUUCAUCAUUUUUAGUUUUUUUAAUGUAUGUAUUGCAUAUGUAAAUAUAAUUAUGUACUGCAGUUAUAUGUUAAUCAUUGUCGAUUUGCAGAGUUUUCACAAACAUAUAUGUAUGACAUGUGCUGUAGUUUAAAUGAUUAUGAUUAUGUAAAACAUUAAUAUUGUCAUUUUGUUGUAAUAUGAUGUUAGUUAGAAACAAGCUGUGAUGUAUUAUUAACAAGUCUCAUGUCAGAAAAAAAAUUAAAUUAAAAACCCUUUGACUUCCUAUCAUUUUGUUUCGGAUAGGUUUUCUCAUAUAUUAGGGGUUUUAUCUUCUUUUACAGUAUUUCGAUCGCCAAAUGUGAUUAAAUAUAUCAUUUUUCAAAACGCAUGUUCAAAUAAGGCACACGAUUGUUAAAUUAUCUUUUUCUUAUGUACAAGUAAUUCAAAGGUAAUAUUUCUACUAUUGAUACAACCUUAUUCAUUGUGAAUUGUCUAUAAUGUUUUCUGACUUCAUGUGAAUGACUCUCCGAUACUCGUAUUGGGUAUCAAAAGAAUUGUAGUUAGAAAUUUACAAUGUAUCUGCCGCCAUGUAUAUAUGUUUUGUA